GUCUUCGAAUCUCUCUCAUCACGUUAUGUUGGUGGUUUUGGUGGAGUGAGAAGGGGGCACUCACGUUAUACAUCGUUUCUUUCGUGGUAUAAUAUUUGACUCUGAUACGAACGGGAGAAUUGUCUCUGGAUUAAGUUUUAUUUUCGCUAUGGGGGACGUGAUUUCGAGCCACCUGGAUGAGGGCAAGCGGGAGAUCAUUACAGCCCGAACAGGCGAGGUGAUCGGAGAGUUUGGCCGUCUGUAUGAACAGCAGUAUGCAGUUGCGCUCUUCAACAAGGUCCGCUUUGACAUUGAGGGAGGCGGGGGGCCCCAGCCACAGCUUCUACACCGCAAGGUCCCUCUGGAGAAUAGGUCCAUCUUCUCUGGAGCUAUUUUUCAGUUUCUGGAGGAGAACAAGAAAUGGAGGAACCGUUUCUUCUUUGUUCCUGACACCUACAACAUCAACUAUUAUGACAACAAAACGUCUCACGAGAGAGGCCUGCAGCCCAAAGGAACCAUCAACUGUGCCGGUUACAAAGUGCUGAGCUCGAUGGACCAGUACUGGGAGCUCCUCAACAACAGCCUGCCCGGUGUAAAGGCUAAAGUGGGCCAAUCUCCAAUCCUCAAAUGCGCCACCCAGUUCCCUGUGAUUCUGUGGCACCCGUACGCCCGGCACUACUACUUCUGCGUGGCGACGCUGAAGGAACAGCAGAAGUGGUUCGCCGUCUUUCAGGACUGCGUGAGACACACCAACGACGGUUUGUCGGAGGAGGACAAGGUGCAGACGCCGGCCUUCACGGACGCAGUGCGGCUGUACCGCCAAGCCCACGGGCACUACGGCACCUGGGAGAUGAUGUGUGGUACCCCCCCACAGAUUCUGGCCAACCUGGUGAUGGAGACGCUUCUGCCGGAGAUCAGGGAACUCAUCACCCCACGACUGAAGGGCAAAAUGCAGGAGAGACAGAGAAAUUGGAUGCUGAUCUGCGAUGCGGUGUAUAGUCUGGUGGUCCGUCAGGCCCAGGCCCAGUAUGAGGCGGUGGUGGAGAGUUGUGAGGCCGGACGACCCCCGCUGGAGGCCUCGAUACGCACAGACAUGGACCAGAUCAUCACCUCCAAGGAGCACGUCACCAACAAAAUCAAAGCGGCUGUGCUGCCCAAGGCCGAGAAGCUCCUCAAGGUGAGUAUUCAGCCGUACAUCAGCUCCAUCCUGGAGGCCCUGAUGGAUCCCACCAGCCGAGGUUUCACCGAGGUCCGGGACGUCUUCUUCAGAGAGCUGGUGGACAUGAGCAAAAACACAGUGAACGACGGCGACAAGGACAAAGUGGGGGAGCACAUGGAGAAGAUCUCCAUGUUGGCGUUCCACCCGGUGAAGAUGCAGAGCUGCUAUGAGAAGGUGGAGGUCCUCAGCCUGGACGGCCUGCAGCAGAGGUUCGACGUCUCCAGUCCCUCAGUGUUUGUCCAGAGGGCCCAGAUCCUCAUGAGAGAGCAAAUGGACAAUGCAGUAUACACCUUUGAGCAGAUCCUCCACCAAAGUCUGGAAGGCCAAGGGUCCGAGGGACUUUGUAAUACCAUCCAGCGGUGCCAGGACAGAGUCCUCAAGAAAUUUGACUAUGACAGCAGCACAGUCCGGAAGAGGUUCUUCAGAGAGGCUCUUCUUCAGAUAUUCAUCCCUUACAUGUUAAAACAGCUCACUCCCUCAGUUGCCUCUGAGCUGCCUCGCUUCCAGGAACUGAUCUUUGAAGAUUUCUCUCGGUUUAUCCUGGUGGAGAACAUCUUUGAGGAGGUGGUGCUCCUCUCCGUGAUGAAGGACAUUAUGAUGGCUGUGAAGGAGGCCGCAGUCCAGAGGAGACACAACCUGUACAGGGACAGCAUCGUGAUGACCAACAGCGACCCCAACCUGCACCUGCUAGGGGACAGCUCUACCAUCGACUGGGCCGAGGAAUAUGGGUCCGGACAGGCACAGGGGGAGAAGGCUGCCGACGGGGACGAGACGGCCCAGAGGAGGCGCAGGCUGAAGCAGGUGGUUUCCAUGAUCCAGGUGGACGGCACCCCGGUCCAGGUCAACGAGUCCUGCUUGGAGGUGCCCAGCGUGGGCGGCAUCCCAGAGGAGGAGGUUGAGGACCAGGCCGCCAGCGCCCAGUCAUCCCCUGACAGUGUCCACCAGGAACCGGUCAAUGCCAACGGAACUAGUCCGAAAGUAAAGAGGAAAGCCCCUUUACCCCCCGUCCAGCCGGCGAACAACUCCACCCCAGCCCUCUCCAACGGCGCGGUCCUCAAAGAGGGAGAGCCAGCUGUUGUCUCCAGUAGUGCCCCGGAGGUGCAGGCCAAAAUCUUGGAGGAUGUCCACCAGGAGGCUGAGAGCGUCAAAAAGUCUCCAGCGACGGAGAGCUCAUGGCAGGACCCGGAGAGCGCCGCAUCGGCCAUUCAGAGUGCCAUCCAGCAGUUAGAGGAUGCCGUGCAGCAAGAGGACAGCGAGUCUCUCGCGGAAGCCUCUGAAGUUCCACCGGAGACCGUAGCACAGGUGUCCACCUCGAGCCAGGUACCUCGGGAACCUCGAACCCAAGAAGAAACCAAUCCGUCGAGUUCAGAGGACGUGUCUUCACCCUUAACGCGGCAGGAGGUGGCCCAAGCACAGGAAAUGCCCACACCCAAACCAAGAUCCAUGGGCACAGAGCCCCAAGAGUCUGCAGACGCAGCCCCGACCCCCCCUGCAGACACACCAACGGCCCUGGAUAUGGACCAGGUCUCUGUCCCUGCAUCGGUUCCCAAGGAGAGUGAGAGCGCUUCAGACGUCCAGAGUCUUCCACCUUCGCAGGACGACUGCAGCUCUUAGUCACUGAAGGCAGCCCCCAGCUCCGAUGAGGCAGGUGCAGCUGAGGUAGUGUCUAAUGCCGGGGGAAAGAGCGAGACUUUGGCCCAGGAUGGAGAAACUGUCCAGAUCAAUGACUCUGAGACAGGGAAAAAGGAGAAGGUGAAAGACUGAGGAGAUAUUUGGAGCCAGUGAGGAAUGAGCUGUUUGAGGUGUACGCUGGCGUAAAAUAUUUUUUGGUUAUUUUCUUUUCACCAGGACAGGUGUCAUAUAUUACAGAAACCUAAUCAUCAUUUCAUCCAGUAAAAUGGUUUGUAUGCGUUAGUUUUUCCUUUCCUUUGCUUGGAUUUUCAUCUUCAAGAUUUCACCAAUAAUAUUUUCACCCUUAUUAUCCACUACUGAAAGACCAGUUGAGACUCCCAACACGUUUUUCAUAUUCCCUUCCAUAACUGUUCCAUUUAAACGUAUGUUGCCAGCAUUUUAGCUUGGUUGCCAGCUUUGGUUUCUGUGCUAGAGCCAACCCUUUAAAUGGCUUGAAAAUUAAUGCUUUGGAAUUGGCAAGGGCACCAACGCACCUGGAACACCAGACUGCAAACGUAUUCACUAUGUAGUACAUUCACUGGGCAGUUUAUAAUGAGCACAAUAGAAAAAACCCAGUUGUGUCUUUUGUAAAUAUUAAAUGAAUAUACUUGGUGUUCUUGUUGCCUUAGUUACCAUUCACCUGCAUUGCUGAUUUGUUUAAAGUUUCCCAAGUUGAUGCUCCAGGACACUACUGCUUAACGUUGGAGUUGGUGGUCAAGUUUGAUUUAUUUUUCCUUUCAUGUUUAGUGGACAUGACAAGGUGAGCUUUAGCUUUAGCUAGCGAUGGCGAAAUCAAAGAGUGUUUAUUCAAUUCCAUCGACCAAUGUGGUGUUCUUGUCAUGUUAUCGGUGUUUGUAUACAUGUACCAAGUCCCUUUACUUAUAUGCAAUGACUUUACGCUAUCAUUUCCUGUCUGCUUUUGAAUGUCUUAUGUUUCAUUUUCUAUCAGAGAAAUUAAAAUGCUUAUGUUCAUCAUCAAUAAUAUUCUUCUGAUGUUUAUUUAUUGAGAUUAAUUAUUUGUUGGGAAGGUGUCUAGAAAGUAAGCAAUGGGUGGAUGAAAUUCUGUUCUAACAGUGACUUAUGAAAUGCCCAAAAAAGGUUGAAAUCCUAGUGUUUUAUUUUCAGUUUCAAAUUGAGAUACCAAUCUGUCAGACGUUAAAGUGCAGAACUCCCCUCUGUUGUCACUAGAUAUGAAAUACAAGGCACAUGAGUAAUGCUUUUUGAUAUGGUUUUCUUAAUAUUUUACAAUUUCUUAUUGAUAUAAAUGAGAAUUCCUCCAUUCAAACAAUGUUUCUUGCAGAACACUUCUGUACAUACUGUAAUUAGUGCCAUGUUGACGUAAUUCAUGUUUGACCAUUUCCACUGAGUCUCUCCACCGUUGCUUGCCUGAGUGGUUAUGACAAGGUUUUUUUUUUUUUUUUUUUUUUUUUUACUUCAAUGCCUUUAUUGACAUACAGUGAUUGUUCCCUAUUUUAAUUUAUUAUGUUUUGCACUCUGCUUCUUGUCCUUUUUGAUGAGUGUCCUUUUAGA